AGAGAGGCGCUCAGCAACGCUUCACCAGAAAGAGCGGGAUCGGGCUCCAGCGCCCACCCUCACGGACUCUUCCCCCCUCUCUCACUCUCUCAUCUUCCCGGUCCAUCAGGCCGAUGGUGUGACCCCCUCCGUCUCACCCUCACCCAUCAGAUUCCCCCAGUGAGCGGCAGAAGAUAAAGGUGAAGAGAGCGGUUGGAUUGUGAGGGACAUCCAGGCGGCAGCGAUGAAGCCUGUCCAUCUCCUUCUGCAUCUUCUCGCCUCUUCCCUCGGGACAAGCAGUGAAAAAUGCGAGAGCGAGCAGGUGACCGAAUUUCCAGACGGACCACAUAACCUGCAAUGCUACUAUAUAAAAGAAAUUGAAAAUGGCUUGAAGUGCACAUGGAACCAUGGAAAACACCAUACAAAUACUACCACCUACACACUAAAAAUAUACAGAAUUGGAAAAACCUCUUCCCUCAACACAAAAUUUACCGCCAUCACUGGCACUUUUUACGUAAUUGAACGAAAAUAUUUUUACAUUUCGGAAAAUACAACAAUAUCGAUAACAACAGUAGAACAGAGAAGUAAAAUGUACCAGAAUACAACAUCCAUCACAUUGAUUCCUAAAGAUUCAGAAAAACCUGCAACACCUUCUGACAUAAAGUACACAAAACAUGAAGGGCAGUUAAAACUGACAUGGAGUACUUCAAAGGAACUGGAGUAUGAGUUAGCUUACAGGAAGGCUGGAACUUGCAACUGGCUUUCAGUUCAUUUCCAACCUUCUGGAACUCUACAAGGAUUGGAACGACUGGCUGCUUACGAAUUUCGGAUGCGCUGCAAAAUUAAACUUUGGAGUUCUUGGACUAAAAUAUACCAUGUCCCUCCUGAGCUAAUAGAUAAGCCACAGGUUUAUAUGCCUGUAACUGAACUAAUGCAGGAACCUGGGAAACGCCGCUUUACAAUACGGUGGGAGAGUGCAGCCACAGCCAACAGUACAAUUGUGCAAGGAUACAAUAUUACAAUUGAAAGGAUACCCACAAACCAAAGUUAUGACAUCCAAUCAUUUGAAACAUUCAGCAAAGAAUGUGUCUUCAUCCUUUCACAAGCAUGUUUCAAAUUCCGAGUGCUUGCCUACAAUUCAGCCAGUUUCUCACCUGCAAAUGAAAUCAUUCUCCCAUCUUUUAAUCAAAUGAGUCUAAACAACAGGAUUAAUGCCACUCCCCAAGGGAACAACAGCAUUUUAAUUAGCUGGAACUCGGAUGUGAACAGGCAGACGAGAGUUUACAUUAUUGACUGGGGUCCUGUCAUUGGGAAUAAGGCACACAUUCAAUGGUCAAAAAGAAUAAAAAAGAAUCGUCUCAAUUUCACUUUGAAAGCAGAUACCUUUAAGCCGAAGCAACGCUACAGAAUAAUGUUACACAGCAAGACAAAAAAGAUUCCCAUGAACAAUACAGAGAAAACCAUUGGGGUGGUUGAUGUUUACACAUUGGAAGGAACACCAAGAAUUGGUCCCAGUAAUAUUACUGUCACCAAUAUUUCCAAAACCUCUGCAAUGAUAAGAUGGAAUCCAAUACCUGAAGAUGAAUGCCAAGGUUUUCUUCAAGGUUACAAGAUUUUCUAUUGUGUGAUCAAGUCUGCUGUCGGAAACACAUAUUCACCCAUUUCAGUGAACUCUUCUACAACGUUUUACAUGCUCACAGGACUGUUGCGAAAGACUCUCUACACUGUACAAAUCUCAGGAUAUACGAAAGCAGGAGAAGGAAUCAGAAGCAAAGCAGUGUCCUUUGACACAAAAGAAUACAACGAUGGUGAAAUUAAAGCAAUAGCUGUUGGUAUCAGCAUUACAAUAAUCAUUUUUGUGUUUCUGGUGACAUGGCGAUGUUUAUUCCUCUUUAGAAGAAUAAAGGAAAUAUUUUGGCCAAGUAUACCGAACCCUGGAAACAGUUAUGUAAUCCGGAUUAUAGGAAAAGAUUCCUUGCUGCCACAGUUGGAAAAUGAGUUAUUAAGCCUCAAAACAAAUCCGCCUCUAAUGGAGGAUCUUGAAAGUCUUCAUAUUAUUGAAGAGGUCACCAACACUUCCAUCGAUUGUCAGCUGCAAGAGAAUGAAGAAGACAGUGUAACAGAUCAGGACUCGAACAGCAAUCUCAGCAACAAGCCACCAUUCAUCCAGGUAACUGACUACACAACGAUGGAAAACUUUCGCCAAAUAAUUGCAGGCACUAAUACUGCCAUCCAGCCCAGCAGAUGUGAAACAGAAUUUAACAAUCAACAGAAUGGCUGUUUAAUUCAAAGCUACAUGAAACAGCAAGUCCAUCAAACAAGCAUACAGACACCAGGACCUAUUGGGAUCGCUUGUGACUGAAGAUCCAGUCUUUAGAUCAGAGUGGUGCUGGAAAAACACAGCAGGUCAGGCAGCAUCCGAGGAGCAGGAAAAUCGACGUUCGGGCAAAAGCCCUUCAUCAGGACUCAACUGCUUAAAAGUCUUGAUCGUGUUAAAAUCGUACUGUAUUCUGUAUUCCCAGUAACUCUUCGGAACAAACUUCUGAAACUGGGACAUUUGACGAUGGUGGUGGCUAUUGCAGAAACUGUUCAAAUACUGAUAGAAAGGCUAGUCCUUGAAAUAAGCCCAACUGAACUACAUUCAACAAUUGCAAAGCUCUCAAAGUGUCUGUGGGAUGUACAUAUAAAAGAAAGUUCUGUAAGGUUUUUUUUGCUGUUUGCAUUUAAAGCCAGCUCUGCUGUGUCCCCACUCCUUUAUGACAUUUGACGACAGUGCAAGUGAAUGGUGUUUAGACAGAAUCUGCAUUAUCAUUAACUCUUGGGGACAAAUUUCCUAAACUGGGAGCUUCGAUUGUGAUUGUGACUAUUGCAGAAUUUGCUCAAAGAAAGACUGGUGGUUCUGCAUGGUGUUUAAUUUCACACAUAUUUUGGUAUUUGUUUGCAAAAGUGAGAAUUCAAAGCUGAAAGGAGUUGGUGAAAUCAGGUAGAACAUGUUUGGGAGAUUCUGUCAGAAGGAUGUGAGCCAGAACUUUGAGUUUGACAAUGAAGGUGCAUGAGCUGGUGGCCAUUUUAUGUGUGUAAAAACCAAGCUCUUAUAUGAGACUGUGCUUGUUUUAUGCAAAGUGUCCCCCCAUCAUGCAAGAACAUUUGGCAGUGAAGAGAAUACCAAAGUAUGGAGAUCCAGGCAUGCUGACCAUUAUCACACCGAGGGACCCAGUACAUAAGGGAUCGGUUACUGUUUGAAGAGCUGAAAAAUGGUGAACAGCUCAGGGAAGUUAUCUAAGUGGCUGAAAAUGAAGUAGAGAAUGAAAGUGUCUGGCCAAUGGAGGAGAAGUACUGGCUUCCAGCAUGAACCCAGCACUGAAGCCUUUCUUCAGUGAGAACAGGGCUAAACACAAAUGAAACUCUCAGAAAACAACAUCCAAUUGUCUUU